AUGUUUCUCUACCAACUGAUCAACUUCUUCUUCGCAGCUUCCAAAAAGGAGGAGGAUUCGAAAUAUGACCUUUCCCUUUACAAGCGCGGUGAUCUAUUAGAAGUCCCCAGGACACUGUUCACCCAUUUUGGUAUCUACCUUGGCAACAACCGUGUGGCCCAUCUCAUUCCGGACAUCCUGCCUGCGAUUUCCAAGAAUAAAUCUGCAAUUGCCAAGAUGGUAACAAAUAACCGGUUGCUGCUUGGGGUUAUCUUGAAGGUUGCCAGCGUCAGAGUGGACUCUGUGGCGGAUUUCGCUUAUGGCUCAGAGAUUCUGAUCAACCACAUGGACAAAGUGUGCAGCCAGCCUGUGUUGGAUGGGGAUGAGGUGGCUCGAAGGGCUGAGAAACUCCUGGGCUCCGUCACCUACAGUUUACUGUGGUAUAACUGUGAACACUACGUUAUGUACUGCAGAUAUGGCAUGGCCAUCAGCUACCAGACAUACCAGUUCUGCACAACGGUGAGGAAGAUCGUCUGCAGCAGGAUGACUGCCUAUCUGACUGCGCUAUGCGGUGGAGGAACCAUGCUGUAUCUGGGCUGCGUGACGCCGCUGAUGGUUUUACCAACACUGCUCAUCUCAUUCACCAUCUGGAUGGCAGCCUAA